AUGGUAUCACCCGGAGGCGCCGGCGGCAACAGCAAAAUAGCCCGCUUUUCGAAGAGCCUAAUUUUAGAGAAGGGGACACACCUGGUAAACGUAAAAGACGAUGGGAGCCUGAAGGAGUACAAGUGGUGGAACGGGCUGAUUAAGCCCAAGGAAACCUUUAAUGCCAAAAAAACAAAGGGGUUCCUGAUCGUGAAGUUAUUCCUCUACGGAUACUUAAACAGAAUAAGCACAUACAGGUCGAAUAAAGACAACGACCUAAUGCACCCCUAUUUAAAAAUACUCCUAAAUAAUGAAGAAAUAUACAGGACCAAAGUUUUACACAGUUCCUUAAACAUAUGGGAAGAAAAAAUAGACAUCGAAAUUCACUACAUCAAAAGCAAAAUAGAAAUUCAGCUGUACGAAAUGGAUGAAACGGAGGGCAUCGUGGAGGACGAAUAUAUUGGCAGUGCCUUCAUUGACGUUUUGUAUCUGCAGAUGUCCAAAAAAUAUGACAUAAUUCUUAAGUACAUUAACAAAGUGGGACACUUGAUGGAUCUUUAUCAUUACAAGAGGAAGCCACAUGAUGAGGCAAGCAAGGGAAAUCCGAAGGGGAGCCAAACGGAGGAAGCCACUCAAAACAACGGCUGUACCAACACAAGUAAAGAUGCCUCCCCACCGGGACGAGAAAAGUGUCCAAACGAUUACAACGUUCGCAUCUUUGCUAAGCUAGUUAACAAAAAAAACUGCAACAAAUUGAUUCUGCAGUUAAACUGCAUCUCUUCCCUUAACUACUCCUAUGUGCACAAACGCAACGAGAUACUGGACAAAGAAUUAAACGUAAAUCAGUUGUAUGAUGAGUUGAUAACUAUAAAGGGAAAUGUGGAAACGAUUUGGUUGCCUUUCUUUUCAAUUAUAUAUAACUUUGCCUCAUGGAGAACGCCAUUGUAUUCGGUCUUUUUUUUGAUUUUUUUUUUUUUUUCCUUUUUGUUUUCCAAAUUUUUUCUCUCCUUUUUUUUAGUAGCCUUAAGUAUAAUUUUUUUCAUUUUGGUUUCCAUCAUUAAGGAAAGCGACAAGAUGAAGCGGAGUGGCCAAGUCGGCACUUCGGCGAAGGCUGGUUGGACUGCGAACGUUCACUCGUUGGCCGCACAGGAGGGGAAGGACAACAGCAAGAGCAGCGGCAACAACGGUAGCGGCAACAACAAUAAGAGCAAGAGCAAGAGCAAACCCUUUAGCUACCGGAUGCAGGCCAAGCAGUUCGGUGGCUACUGCCAGCCGAAGGGGGGGGAACUAGGUUUAAAUGACAACACCUUAAAGGAGGACACCUAUUCCGGGAGCGACUCUCAGAGCAGCGGUAGUUACAGCGGCUGCUCUUCAACCGACUUGAGUACGGACCAUUCCAGUGGCCUUUCGGACUCCUGCGGGAGUGACGCGGAGUCCAGUGCGCUUCUGAGCGCCGAGGGGGAAAAAGGCGGAACAAGUGCAAACAGCAAAAACGCGGGCGACAAUUCCAGCACGAAGAAAAAGCAAGGUGAUAAGGACCCCCCCCGAGGUGGAAAAAACAUCAACAGCUGCAUGGACAGAAACACGACCAACAUGAGCGGAGACGCAGCCAAGGGGGGGAAAACGAAGAGACGAACCAACAGCAGCAGCUGCACGGGGGAAGUCAACACGGACAACGAUGACACGAGUAGCGGCCUGAAUCUGACGGACGAAGAAAGCAGCAAUAACGGAAGCACAGAAAAUAAUCUACAAAUUAUUAAAACAUUCGUUUCAAAUAUAAUAGAUGAUGAAAUUAUUAACAACGUAAAAUAUUUUCACUACAUCCUUUUCUGUUUCACCAGGUGGUCCCAGAUUUUAUUUUUUCUCUUACGAAGGUUUGGCUACUUCCUAGUAGUUAUUACUUUGCUUUUUUGUUUCUUAAACAUUUAUUUCUACCCCCUUGUGGCGAGGCUCCUGCGUUUUUCUGUCUUCUCCAGUGGGUUUAUUUUUUUGACCUACAAUUUGAAGCCCACGAAUAUCCUGUACAGGUUUUUCUUGUGCGUUCAGGAGUACUACUUUUGGGGGCCCAGUCGCAGGAACGUGGACAUUUUCUCCGCGCCCCGCGUGGGGGGGUGA